AUGCUCAGAAACGUUUUAACGCUAGGAAGAAGUCUGAGAAGCGGCCAGAGGCUUGCUAUAACGGCCAAGAAUGCUUCUGCGCAGAUCCAGCUGCAGAAUCAGCAAAGGUUUUUCCAAAUGUCAGCAGCAGUGUUGCAUGGCCAUUUGAAGAAGCCAAACCCAGGAGAGGAGCUCCAUAUUACAUUCAUAACGAAGGAGGGAGACCAGAAAACAUUUGAGGUUGCCGAGGGCGACAACUUGUUGGACAUUGCGCAGGCCAACCAUUUGGAUAUGGAGGGUGCCUGUGGCGGAUCGUGUGCAUGUUCGACAUGCCACGUCAUUGUCGACCCGGCUUACUAUGACAAGAUCCCAGAACCGGACGAUGACGAGAACGACAUGUUGGACUUGGCGUUUGGGUUGACGGAGACAUCCCGGUUGGGCUGCCAGGUUCACAUGACGAAGGAGUUGGACGGGGUCCGGGUGGCAUUGCCCACCAUGACCCGGAACUUCUUGAACAAGGACAUGAAUUGA